CGUAAAACAAUUGGUCGUGUGAAAAUGAAUAUUCCCGAGAUCAGGUGACUAUCCAAACCUCACUCGCACAAACCGAUGUAUGGAAAAAAGAAAGAACAAGACCGUUUGUUACGAAGGUUACGAAUCAGUUAAUUUACUAGCAAAGAGGAGAUUCAAAAAUGAUUAGCAGUGACAUUUGAUAAACGCUUGGUACCCCUGGAAUUUUCGCCGCUACACCUAGAUCACCUAUCUUAUAUUGUGACAGCCAACAGUACAGUCAACGCUUCUGACGUGAUAAAUAUUCCAACAACAUGGCGUCUGCUACGGUACCAUUGUUGAUGGAUGAUGAUACGAUCGCUUUUGGGGAGGAAGAAACUGCACAGAACUCAGAGAAAUUGAAACACCCGUAUGUUACAACAUUUCACUUGUUCUUCCGUGUGGCAGCCAUCGUGGUUUACAUACUAUGCGGAUUAUUUUCCAAAAGCUUUAUUGGAAGCUUUGUUGUCAUUGUGCUGCUACUCUCAAUGGAUUUUUGGACUGUUAAAAAUAUAACUGGAAGAUUAAUGGUCGGACUAAGAUGGUGGAAUUAUGUUGACGAUGAUGGAAAAAGCCAUUGGGUUUUUGAAUCAAGAAAGGGCUCACAGCAGAACCGCGUCAGUGCUGCUGAAGCACGGAUAUUUUGGCUCGCCUUGAUCCUGUGCCCUUUUGCUUGGUCGGUUUUUUUUAUGGUAGCCCUCUUUAGUUGGAGUUUCAAAUGGCUGCUUCUGGUAUGCAUAGCCAUUACUCUGAAUGGCGCCAACCUUUAUGGCUACAUAAAGUGUAAGAUGGGAAACAAUCAGAACAUUUCAGCAGCAACCGGUGAUUUCUUCAAGAAACAAGUACUGAAUAAUGUAGCUACGAUGAUGUCUCGAAGUCCACCAACCAACACUCCAGGGCAGACAAUAAACGUGAUAUAAUAUAUUGAUCUUCUGCAUUAAGCAUUUGAAAAGUUGUACAUAUAUAUACAAUAAUUGUAAUAAUCAUAUUACAUUAUCCUCGAUUAUGAAGCAAAUGUUCCUUCAAACCAAGGAUUAUUCUCAAUUUUUUUCGAUGUACAUAAUAUAUCUAUGCACAUACAUGCAUACACAUAUAUACAUCCAUCUAUCCAUCUAAAAGGUCUCAUCAUUCAAGGGCAUAAAGAAGAAAGAGUCGAAAGAGUUUACCAAAUAGGAUGGAAAAAUGGAUUUGUAAUUUUAACGAUGUUGUCAAUUCUCUCAGUGUUUAGUUAUUAAAAAUAUUAAAAAAUGAUUCAA